AUGGGAAAUACAGAAAGCCAAAAUGUAGAGCACAGGUUUUAUGGUGAGAAGCAGGGGAACCUGUCAAGGAAGCAUACAUCCCAUUCUCUUCGCUUGUCCAACAAGACCCGACGGAUGAGGCAUGCUUCCUCCGCAAGGGUGAUCCACAGGAAUUCUGAAGUGAGCACUCGAUCCAGCAGCACUCCUAGCAUCCCACAGUCUCUGGCAGAAAAUGGCAUGGAGCCCUUCUCCCAAGAAGGCAACCUAGAAGACUUUGGGAGCCCCAUUUGGGUAGGCCGGGUGGGUAUGGGCUUGAGACCAGUCUCUUGUCAUACCGAUUCUUCCAUCGCUCCCAGUAUAGACAGCAGCACAAUCCUUACAGCAGCCUCUGCACAAAGCAUGCCAGACUCUGAGGAGACCAGGCAUUAUGGGAAUGACUCUACCUAUCUGCCGGAGGGAGGCAGAAGGCAGCGUCCCUAUACAACCAAUGGGACCACAUUCAUGGAAACUUCAAGCUUUAAAAAGAAACGCUCAAAAUCUGCAGACAUCUGGCGGGAGGACAGUUUGGAAUUUUCGCUAUCUGAUCUGAGCCAAGAACAUUUAACAAGCAACGAAGAAAUCUUGGGUUCCGUGGAAGAGAGAGACCGUGGGGAGGAUCAGGGGAUGGAAGCCAGGGAUGGUCCCCAGCAGCUGAGUGCCUGCCAUCGUGCCAAUUCCCUGGGUGCCUUGUACGUACCCCAGAACAAUGGAGUAAAAGCAAGUCAUGGACCAAGGAGCAAAUUUGUGGGAUAUUGUGGGAAUUUAAUGUCUGAUGUUCAAGAUCUUGCAAACCGUAAGAUGCCAUCAGCUGUUGCCGAGGAUACUCCUCCGUACAGUAAUUAUAAUACACUUCCCUGUAGGAAAUCUCACUGUCUUUCUGAAGGUGCCACCAACCCACAAAUUAGCCAUAGCAACAGCAUGCAAGGCAGAAGAGCAAAAACAACUCAGGAUGUGAACAUAGGUGAGGGAAGUGAGUUUGCCGACAGUGGGAUUGAAGGAGCUACCAUUGAUACAGACCUCCUCUCCAGACGUUCCAAUGCUACCAAUUCUAGCUAUUCCCCAACUACUAGCCGAGCAUUUGUGGGCAGUGACAGUGGCAGCAGCUCUACUGGAGAUGCUGCCCGGCAAGGGGUAUAUGAGAAUUUCCGUCGGGAACUGGAGAUGAGCACCAAUAACAGUGAGAGCCUUGAGGAAGCUGGGUCUGCCCACAGUGAUGAGCAGAGUAGUGGUACUUUGAGUUCUCUAGGACAGUCAGAUAUCCUCCUCUCAGCUGCUCAAGGAACAGUACGAAAGGCCGGAGCUCUAGCAGUGAAGAACUUUCUUGUCCACAAGAAGAACAAGAAAGUAGAGUCUGCCACCCGAAGGAAAUGGAAACACUAUUGGGUGUCCUUGAAAGGAUGCACAUUAUUCUUCUAUGAAAGUGAUGGGAGGUCUGGAAUAGAUCACAACAGCAUCCCCAAGCAUGCAGUCUGGGUGGAGAACAGCAUCGUGCAAGCAGUGCCUGAACACCCAAAGAAAGACUUUGUUUUCUGCCUCAGUAACUCUCUUGGUGAUGCAUUCCUAUUUCAGACCAUCAGCCAGACUGAGUUAGAAAACUGGAUUACAGCAAUCCAUUCUGCCUGUGCAACUGCUGUAGCAAGACAACACCACAAAGAGGAUACCCUCCGUCUCCUAAAAUCAGAGAUAAAAAAACUAGAACAAAAGAUUGAUAUGGAUGAGAAAAUGAAGAAAAUGGGUGACAUGCAAUUAUCUUCUGUAACUGAUUCCAAGAAGAAGAAAACCAUACUUGAUCAGAUAUUUGUUUGGGAGCAAAAUCUUGAACAAUUCCAAAUGGAUCUAUUUCGAUACCGUUGUUAUUUAGCUAGCCUGCAAGGAGGGGAGUUGCCAAAUCCUAAAAGGCUACUUGCAUUUGCCAGUCGACCAACCAAAGUAGCCAUGGGACGCCUUGGAAUUUUUUCUGUAUCCUCCUUUCAUGCCCUGGUGGCAGCACGCACAGGUGAGACUGGUGUAAGACGAAGAACUCAGGCCAUGUCCAGAACUGCAAGCAAGAGAAGAAGCAGAUUUUCUUCUCUUUGGGGUCUGGAUACUACCUCAAAGAAGAAACAGGGAAGACCAAGCAUCAAUCAGGUGUUUGGAGAGGGAGUUGACUCCAUAAAGAAAUCUUUAGAAGGAAUAUAUGAUGACACUCUUCCAGAUGGCAAGAGGGAAAAAGAAGUUGCGUUAUCUAGUGUGCACCAGCACAAUCCUGACUGUGACAUUUGGGUCCAUGAGUAUUUCACACCCUCUUGGUUCUGCUUGCCAAAUAAUCAGCCUGCCUUGAUAGUUGUCCAUCCAGGGGAUACAGCCAGAGACAUCCUAGAAUUAAUCUGCAAGGCACAUCAACUAGAUCUUGCAAUCCACUACCUUCGUCUCAAGUUCCUGAUAGACAACAAGAUGCAGUACUAUGUUCCAAAGCCAGAAGAGGACAUAUAUGAACUGCUGUACAAAGAAAUUGAAAUAUGCCCCAAAAUCACACGGAAUAUCCAAAUUGAGAAGUCUGAUUCAUCCAAUGAUAAUUAUGGUUUUUCAAUAUCCUCUGUGGAAGAAGAAGGUAUUCAAAGGUUGUAUGUGAAUAAUGUGAAAGAGACAGGUUUAGCAUCAAAGAAAGGCUUGAAAACAGGAGAUGAGAUUCUUGAAAUCAAUAAUAAAGCUGCAGAUGCCCUCAACUCAUCCAUGCUUAAGGACGUCCUUACUCAACUGUCACUAUGCCUUAUAGUACAGACCUAUCCUGAACUGGUUGGAGGACAGAAGCUGCUAGAGACUCCCCCUCAUCGUGUGGACAGCCUUACAGAUUGCAGUGACAGCCCGUUUGCUUUUCUCACUAAUAACCCAGGUAACAGUCCAUGUUCUGAGCAGGUCAGAAGUGCUGAGAUGACUCCUGAAGAGACAGAGGUACAUGACUUGGAGUCCUCUGAUGAGGGUGACAAAACAAGCAAGGAAUGCACUGUACCCCAGUUGGUGACCAUGAGACAAUUAACAGAUGCAGAUAAACUACGCAAAGUUAUUUGUGAACUUCUUGAAACUGAACGAACCUAUGUCAAAGACUUAAACUGUCUCAUGGAGAGCUACCUGAAACCUCUACAGAAAGAAACUUUCCUUACCCAAGAUGAGCUUGAUGUACUCUUUGGGAAUUUAACUGAAAUGGUGGCAUUUCAAGUAGAAUUUCUCAAAACUUUGGAAGAUGGAGUAAGAUUGGUACCUGAACUUGAUGAACUUGAGAAAGUUGAACAAUUUAAGAAAGUGCUCUUCUCUCUGGGGGGAUCCUUUCUCUAUUAUGCUGACCGUUUUAAGCUAUACAGUGCCUUCUGUGCCAGUCACACAAAAGUUCCUAAAGUCUUGGUAAAAGCCAGGACAGACACAGCUUUCAAGGCAUUUUUAGAUGCUCAGAACCCUGAACAGCAACAUUCGUCUACUCUAGAGUCUUACCUCAUCAAGCCAAUCCAAAGGAUCCUCAAGUAUCCUCUUCUCUUAAAGGAGCUCUUUGCCCUUACAGAUGAAGAGAGUGAGGAGCACUGUUACCUGGAUGUGGCCAUCAAAACAAUGAACAAGGUUGCAAGCCAUAUAAAUGAAAUGCAGAAAAUCCACGAGGAAUUUGGAGCAGUAUUUGACCAGCUAAUUGCUGAACAGAUGGGAGAGAAAAAAGAGGUUGCAGAUCUAUCCAUGGGAGAUUUACUAUUGCAUACUACAGUAAUCUGGCUAAAUCCUCCAACCUCACUUGGAAAGUGGAAAAAAGAGCCAGAAUUGGCAGCAUUUGUGUUCAAAAUGGCUGUGGUCCUCGUGUAUAAAGAUGGUUCCAAACAAAAGAAGAAACUUGUAGGAUCUCACAGGCUUUCAAUUUACGAGGAAUGGGACCCAUUUCGGUUUCGUCACAUGAUCCCUACUGAAGCUCUUCAGGUUCGAGCUUUGACAAGUGCAGAUGCAGAAGCUAAUUCAGUCUGUGAGAUUGUCCAUGUUAAAUCUGAAUCUGAAGGGAGACCAGAGAGGUCAUUCCACCUCUGUUGCAGCUCCCCAGAAAGUAGAAAAGAUUUUCUGAAGGCUGUGCAUUCAAUUUUACGUGAUAAACACAGACGACAGCUCCUCAAAACAGAAAGUCUGCCCUCAUCUCAGCAAUAUGUCCCUUUUGGAGGAAAAAGACUAUACCCCCUUAAAGGUGCAAGGCCAGCUAUGAGCAGGGCAGUGUCUGCCCCAAGUAAAUCUCUUGGGAGAAGGAGGAGGCGUCUGGCCCGAAACAGGUUUACCAUUGAUUCAGAUGCUGUCUCCACAAGCAGCCCUAAGACAGAGUCCCAGCACCCCUCCAGUGGCAGGGACACUGACCGCUGGGUAGAGGAACAGUUUGAUCUUGCUCAGUAUGAGGAGCAAGAUGACAUCAAGGAGACGGACAUCCUUAGUGACGAUGAUGAAUACUGCAAAUCCAUGAAAGGGUCCCCAGAGGACAGAGACCUUCAGGAGCAGCUACAAGCUGCCUCUCUCAGUCAGCGGGAAAGAGGCCAACAAGCUAUGGAUAGUCAUGCCUCAAGGAUGACCCAGCUCAAGAAGCAAGCAGCUUUGUCUGGCAUCAAUGGUGGCCUGGAGAACUCUAGUGAGGAAGUCAUUUGGGUUAGGCGUGAAGAUUUUGUCCCCGCCAGGAAACUGAACACUGAAAUCUAA